CAGCUUCCUCCAGCACACAAGGAGCCAAGAGUGACUUAGGCUAAAAGCCUAAUCCAUCUAGGAAUGCUGUUUGAUGUGGGCUCCCUGCUUCCUUUGCUACAACUGCUAGUACUGUGUUGGUGGCCAUAGGGUAAGAAGGCCAUGUGGAUCACAGUGAUUGGUUCCUGAAGGGGCCAGAACAAGUAGCUGCUGAGCUUUACCCCACCCCCAACUCCUAAUCAUCUCCUCAGCCACUUAUAAAGCCAGACCUUCAGCCUCUGCCUCCUCUAGGCCACUCUGCUUCAGAACAGGGCUUGCUUUUUCAGCUCACCCUGGACCAUGUCCCUGGGCAGUGGAGGAUUGUGAGACCGUGGCUGAGAGCCAACUUGCAGCCGCUUGCCUACUGUUGCCCAACCACGUGGCCGCCCGGAUCCCAGGAGCAGAGGCUAGCUCAGGAGAACACAGACACUGUGAGGAUGAGCUUAGGGGUGAGCACUUUAGCCCCGCCCCUCACGACCUUGGACCCCAGCGGUGCAGCCCCCAUCUUCUCCACCGUGGACUAUGUGGUGUUCGCCCUGCUGCUGCUGUUUUCCCUAGCCAUUGGGCUCUACCAUGCUUGUCGUGGCUGGGGCCACCAUACUGUUGGCCAGCUGCUAAUGGCAGACCGUAAAAUGAGCUGCUUCCCUGUGGCACUGUCCCUGCUGGCCACUUUCCAGUCAGCUGUGGCCAUCUUGGGUGUGCCAUCUGAGAUCUUCCGAUUCGGGACCCAGUAUUGGUUCCUGGGCUGCUGCUACUUUCUGGGGCUGCUGAUCCCUGCUCAUGUCUUCAUCCCGGUCUUCUACCGCCUGCACCUCACCAGCACCUAUGAGUACCUGGAGCUCCGAUUCAAUAAAGCGGUGCGGAUUUGUGGGACGUUGACCUUUGUCUUUCAGAUGGUCAUCUACAUGGGUGUUGUGCUCUAUGCGCCAUCCUUGGCCCUCAAUGCAGUGACGGGCUUUGAUCUGUGGCUCUCAGUGCUGACCCUGGGCAUUAUCUGUGCCAUCUACACUGCACUGGGGGGGCUGAAGGCCGUCAUCUGGACAGAUGUGUUCCAGACGCUGGUCAUGUUCCUAGGGCAGGUGGCCGUUAUUAUUGUGGGGUCAGCCAAAGUGGGCGGCAUGGGGCGUGUGUGGGAUGUGGCCUCCCAGCACGGCCUCAUCUCUGGGAUCGAGCUGAAUCCAGACCCCUUUGUGCGGCACACCUUCUGGACCUUGGCCUUCGGGGGUGUCUUCAUGAUGUUGUCCUUGUAUGGGGUGAACCAGGCUCAGGUGCAGCGCUACCUCAGUUCCCACACAGAGAAGGCUGCUGUGCUUUCCUGCUACGCAGUGUUUCCCUGCCAGCAGAUAGCACUCUGCGUGAGCUGCCUCAUUGGCCUCGUCAUGUUCGCCUAUUACCAGGAGUUUCCUCUGAGCAACCAGCAGGCUCAGGCAGCCCCUGACCAGUUCGUCCUCUACUUUGUGAUGGACCUCCUGAAAGGCCUUCCGGGCCUGCCUGGGCUCUUUGUUGCCUGCCUCUUCAGCGGCUCCCUCAGCACCAUAUCCUCUGCUUUUAACUCAUUGGCAACUGUCACAAUGGAAGACCUGAUUCAGCCCUGGUUCCCUGAGUUCUGUGAAACCCGGGCCAUUGUGCUUUCCAGAAGCCUUGCCUUUGGCUAUGGGCUGCUUUGUUUGGGAAUGGCCUAUAUUUCCUCCCAGAUGGGACCCUUGCUGCAGGCAGCAAUCAGUAUCUUUGGCAUGGUCGGGGGGCCACUACUUGGACUCUUCUGCCUUGGGAUGUUCUUCCCUUGUGCCAACCCUCCUGGUGCCAUUGUGGGCCUGUUGGCUGGACUCAUCAUGGCCUUCUGGGUUGGCAUUGGAAGCAUAGUGACCAGCAUGGGCUCUGGCGAGGCAUCUUCUUCCUUUAAUGUGUCUGGCUUCUCCCUGCCCAGCAAUCUGACCAUUGCAACUGUGACCCCCCUGAUGCCCCUGAGCACCCUCUCCAGGCCCACAGGGCUGCAGCGGUUCUAUUCCCUGUCUUAUUUAUGGUACAGCGCUCACAACUCCACUACUGUCAUUGUGGUGGGCCUGAUCGUCAGUCUGCUUACUGGGGGGAUGCGGGGCCGGACCCUGAACCCUCGGACCAUUUACCCUGUGCUGCCCAAACUCCGUGCCCUCCUGCCCUUGUCCUGUCAGAAGUGGCUUUGCUGCAGAAGCCACAGCCAGGACGUCUCCGUGGACACCAGCUUGUUUCCGGAAAAGCUGAGGAAUGGGGUGCUACAAGACAGUGGAGACAAGUGGGCGAUGGCUGAAGAUGGGCCAAGCCAGGAGGGGCUCAGUCCCACCUUCAUCCUCCAGGAGACCUCACUGUGACGGGGACUAGGCUGAGGCCUCUGUCCUCACUGCCAGGCAGCAGCCAAGGGCCACUCCGUAUUAUGGGGCUGAGUCCCUUGAUAGGUUGUACGGAUUGGGUGUGAUGACCUAGCCCACACUACAGCACCUUGCUCUUAAAGGUUCUUGCCUGCAAUGGAAGCUACUGCAUCUUGGGCAUGUGUCCCUCGCUAGCCUGUUCUCUAGAAGACUGGGCUUGCAGGCAGAAGAUUGUACCAGAAAUGGGGAUAGAAGCAAAUCCUCUGAGAAAAGGGUAAUGGCUUUGAGUCAACAUGGCCAGGCCCCUUGGCAUGAUUAUAACUGUCCUUGGAGCCCAUUUGGCAAGGCAGACCAGUUCCAGCGUACAGAAUGGAGCGACCUUGACCAGUUGUUGCUUCCCUUCUCAUCCCAUCUGGCACCUUCUCUGUCAACCACAGUGGCCCUGUGAUUACUUUCCAGUUGUCUGUGACACCCAGUCUCCUCAUUUUUUUGUCUACCUCUAUUCUUGAGAAGGAGGGUUUGGUGUCCCUGGGCCUCUCAGAAUAGGCAAGUACAUUUAUCCACUAGAGCAGGCAAGUUCUCCAUGUCACUGACUCCCUUCUCCAUUGCUAAGAUGGCCACCUGGGGACAGGACUAUGACCAGGUCCUCUGCAGUGUGCUGUCCCAACUCCUGAGCUGGGCCAUCCUGGUGUCAUUCUGCCUGUCAUCCAUGCUCCUGUUUCCUUUGGAGUUUCUUCCUUACAUAUCUUUGUUCCUAAGGAAUAAAAACAGCCGUUAGCUCUAGAGUCAGGCCUCCUGUGCUGUUUCCAGUUGUCUUCUAAGCCCAGCCUCUGGAGGAGACCAAGCUCCUCCCAUGUGGAGGGGUCGUCCCCUGCUGGGCAGGAGGCAGAGGGGAUGGGGUGGAGCUUGGAGUCUGGCUGCCAUGUCUGUGUGAUAAUUCAGGGUGGGAGGUGCUCUGUCCUGAGAUUUCUGGCCCCCUGUGGUUGGUCUUUUCUGUCUCCAUACUUGUCCUUUACCAAACCAACCUCUGAUCCUCUGAGAUUUUCAUAUUGGUGGCUAGAGGGAAAACACCAGGAUUUGAGAAACAGAACAUUCAAGCCGGACUUACUUUCAUGGUCUUGUGAAGAAUACUGCUUAUGGCUCCUCAACCUGCUCUCUCCCGGUGCCUGGCCUGGCCUGGUCUGGUCCAGCCACCCAGCAUGCCUCUGCAGGGCCUCUCAGUAGGGUCCUGUCCCAGGCAGGGCUGGGAGUUCCGCUGUGGCGCAGGCCUGUGGAUCCCUGCCACAGGACAGCUGUUCUCCCACCAUCCUGUGCAGCUUGGAUGUUCUGUUUAUAUUCUACCUCGAUUGCUUUAUUUAUUUAGGUAGUUGAGAGAGGACCUUGCUGUGUACUCAGGCUGGCCCUGAACUACUUGGCUUAAGUGAUCUUCCUGCCUUUGCUUUUGGAAUAACUUGGACCACAGCAACUGCCUCUACACCUGGCUACACUCCAACUUUCUAAGUCACUCCCCAGCCGUCUUUGUAGUGCUGUCCUGGUCAACCCUGUGGAGGAACAGGGCUCAGCAUGCCCAGAGCUAGAACCCAGCCUGCCAACCCAUAUCAGGCUGCCAGUGGGCCUUGCAUCUGCUGCCCUGUUUUUUGGUUUUUUUGUACAUUUACAUAUAUAUAAUGAUAACAUUCACCAUAGGAAAUUUGUGC